GCAAGCUUAGAAAGACUGAAACCGAAACAGACCGAUCCGAACCCGCCUACACUGCCCGUUUGCAAAUCAAUCUGCAAUUUGCCAGUUUUCACUCAGUUACUACAAAAACCGAAAUGAGAAAGGAAACGGAGCUAAUCAGCUAGUGGGUCAUUUAUGGUCUCCCUUUGGACAUGAGAAGCAUCACGCUACCAGAUUGUUGCUACUCCUCUGCAUACUGUAAGCGCAUGACUGUCAUCCUCAUGGGCAAAAGCAAUAAGUCCCCUUCUCCUCCUCCCGAUAAGGGUCCCGAAUCAGCUGCUCCAAGAAUCACAUCCAAUGUCAAACAAAACUUGCAGUUUUUAAAGUUGUGGAAGGAAUAUCAAAAGAGGAAAUCUAGUGCACCUAAGCCUGCUACUAGUUACAGGAGAAAGAAGGUGCAAAAGGAGGACCCUCCAGAUGAUACAGAACUUUAUCGUGAUCCUACAACAACUCUUUAUUAUACCAACCAGGGUUUAGACGAUGCAGUCCCUGUCUUGCUCGUUGAUGGUUACAAUGUAUGUGGCUAUUGGAUGAAGCUGAAGAAGCAUUUUAUGAAAGGAAGGCUUGACAUUGCACGCCAAAAACUAAUAGAUGAGCUUGUAAAUUUUAGUAUGCUUAGAGAGGUUAAAGUGGUUGUUGUGUUUGAUGCCAUGAUGUCUGGACUUCCUACACACAAGGAAAAUUUUGCUGGCAUUGAUGUAGUUUACUCAGGAGAAUCUUGUGCUGAUGCAUGGAUUGAAAAGGAGGUAGUAGCCCUGAAGGAGGAUGGAUGCCCCAAAGUUUGGGUCGUGACUUCUGAUCAUUAUCAGCAGCAAGCGGCAUAUGGAGCGGGAGCCUUUAUUUGGAGCUCCAAGGCAUUGGUUUCUGAGAUUAAUGCUUCACAGAAGGAGUUUGAGAGGAUGCUUCAAGAACAAAGGUCUAGUUCUUUUCAAGGUAAAUUGUUAAAGCACAAUCUCAAUUCUGAAGUUGUUGAUGCUCUUAAGGAUCUAAGAAGACAGCUUUCUGAGAAUGAGUCCAAAUAACUAUUCUGAUUUGGUGUGUUGUUGUUAUUGGUUCGAGCUGGAUACUGCAAAAUCGAAAAGGUUUCUAGUGUAGGGGAUGCUCUUCUGUAAACAAAUGCUUCAGGUGACUUAUGAGUGGUAAGCAAGGAGUUAAAUGCAACCGCAGUCCCUCAACUUAUUAUAAGGUGUCAUUUUGAUUUCUUGAACUUCAAAUUGUACCAAUUUGCUCCUUAACCUUACUAUAUGGUUUUAUUUUCCAUUGAAACUAAUGAAAUUGACACGUAAGCAUUCACGUGGCACAUUGUUGCAUAUUUUGAAAUUUCAUAUAAAAGAAAAAAAAAUGCCA